UGUGUGGCUGUGACGAAGUGGUCUGGGGCUUGCAUUCUCCUACCUCAGCAGCCUUCCUUGAUAUUCUACAAACUUCCAGCUCCAGACCCACAGAUUCUCUUCCAGGGCAGUCUGUGAGGACGGUGGUGACAGAUCUCUGCCUUCAGGCCACCCUAUGGAGCACACUGAUAAAGUGAACUCUUUACAAAGAAGAGCACGAAGCUGGAGUAUUUACCGAAGGCAAUACACCUAUUGGUCUGAACAGGUCACUUCCCAGCAGCAGGAAGACAGAGAUUCAAAAGAAAGUGAUGCUCAUAUGGACAUCCAAGCAAGAUAUGCUCCCUAUGCCAUUCCAUCCCAUCACUGGAGAAGUAGUUUUCGAAGAGACCAAAUGCAUGUUAACAUGGAGACCAAGCAAAAGCCUCUGGAGAGAAGAAUGAAAACAAAUAGUCAGGAUGAGACCUUGGGGAGCUGGUUCAAGAUUAUUAUUCCCUUUGGUAUAAAAUAUGAUGAGAUGUGGCUGUUGAAUUUGAUUCAGAAGAAGUGCAGUGUCCCCUUCACUGCAGUCGAAUUUCACUAUGAGAAAAUGCAGGCCCAGUUCUUUGUAGAGAAUGUCAACAUUGCAUUGAAGAAUAUCAAUGGCAAGAUUUUCGAGGUUAAUGAAAAGAUACUUAACUUGGUUGAGCCCUGUGACGCACCCCAGUCAGUGCAGAAGGCACUGACGUCUGAAAAGGUGGAGCAGAUAAAGCCUGUGUUUCCCUCCUUCUGGUUUCCUGGAGACUUGAUGAUGUGUGAUAUUGGAACGACAUGGAACCGUAGAAAUAGCAUGGCUGCUUCCCUGCACAUCUAUCCAGGGAUCAGGCCCAUGCUUUCAUCUUUGUACUUGAGCAACAAGAAACCCUACUUGGUGCAUAGCCUGUCCACCAUUAUGGAGAUUGCUUCCACCACCAAGAACUUGAAUCCCUCUGACACUGAGGUGAAGAUUGCAGGGGAGAUGGACAAGGGUCAUCAGCUGGAACCAGAAGGGAUGUGUGCAGACAGAAAUGCUGUGUGCACCACCUUCCAUGAUAAGUCAACCAACAUGAGCACCCUCAUGGAGUUGUUCCCCAGGUUACUAAGCUUGGAUGGCCAGGAGACACUCUCAGGAUCUAAGUGUGCUAUUGAAGUACCCAAGUGCUUACCAAUGUGCAAGAGAAGUUUCUUUGGAUCUGAUCAGGUGAACAGUCAAAUCCUGCAAUUCCUUUAUUUCUUAAUUCAUGACUAUGGAGAUCGCCAGGGACUGCUGGAUUUUUAUCACGAGGAGGCCUGCUUCUUCCUGAUCAUACCAUCCCACCCUAAGGACCCAGACCUAAGCAGCGUGUGCCCGUAAUUCAAGAACAAGAAUACAGAGAAGCUCAAGGACCCCAACCUGCAUGUCCAGCUGCUGAAACACACAAAACAUGACAUUGUGUGCGCCCUCUGUGUGUUGCCCAAAACUCAGCAUAACUUCAGCUCCUUCAUGGUGGACAUGUGUUUCCAGACGGAAACGAUGUUCUGCUUCUCUGUCAGUGGGGUGUUCAAGGAAGUGGAAGGAAGUUCUCAGGGCUGUGUGCGUGCCUUCACCUGGACCUUCAUCACUACUCCCAUCAGCUCUUCCAGUCUUUGUAUAGUGAAUGACGAGCUGUUUGUGAGGGAAGCCAGUCCCAGUGAAGCUCAGCGUCUGCAUUCUCCAUCCCAGUGCCUGCACUGUCGACCACUUUCAUGUUCCACCUCUCCGCUGAGUAGCAUGAAAUGGUGUGGGCUUUCUCCUCCCAGUGUGGAAUCACCUCUAAUAGUCUCAGAAGUGACUGCUGGGUUUGCAUGGAGUUGGGAGGGAACUGGGAGGAGUGGACGAAUAAUUAAUGGGAACUUGAAGAAAAUGAGAUCUCAUUGCGAGAGAGAAAAGGAAACCAGAGACAGAAAUGAAGAGAAAGAGAGGCAUGUGGUUGAAUGGGGAAAUGAAGUCCAAGGAUUGAUUACUUAAUCUUCAAUGCCUUGAAACUUGAGCAAGAUUAAAAGUUAAUGUGAAGGAGA